AUGACAGUUGAUGCUUCGAAUUGGUUUGAACCAAUCCCCGUUGCUGAUUUUCAGCACAUUAACAAGCUGAGCGGAGAAAACGUGCCUAAGGAAUUGCCCAUUGGUGAGCCAAUUGGCGGGUUAGACAUUAGAUGUGGGCCAAUCUUGAAAUUGGUCGGUACUUUAGAGGACAACACUAAGAACUAUAGAGCUACGAUAUUGCUUGUGAAUAAGGUUGAAGGCAAUGAUGCAGUGCAGCCAAAGAUUACGUAUCAAAUUGGGCCUGCAGUGGACGAGGGAAGUAAGCCAAACUUAGCAGUGGGCGAAUUUCCAGGAACCAAUUUCUUCACAGAGGACGGAUUUCAAUUCUGGAGAUUCAAUGUUGACUUGACAUUGGUCGAUUAUGAACAAAAGAUUAAGUAUUUCAUCAAUGAUUGCUAUAAACAGUCAUACCAAUUCUUCGUGCCAUCACUCGAACAGUCUAUGAAUGUGAUUUCGUACUCCUGUAAUGGGUUUUCUUUAGGUUGUGAUCCAAAGGAAUAUAAGUCUUCGCUUUGGUUCGAUGUGUUGCAAAAGCAUGCCAAACAACAUUACCACGUUAUGUUGGGAGGGGGGGACCAAAUCUAUUCUGAUUCUAUUAAAUUGCACUCCAAGAACUUACAGAAGUGGUUCUCUGAAAGAAAUCCUAUGAAGAAAAGACACAUGAGAGUUGAUGACGGAACCAUUCGUGAAUUUGAAAACUAUUACUUGAACCACUACAUGGCAUGGUUUGGUAAAGGUUUCUGGGAGGGUUCCAGUGGUAGAACAUACCAGACAUUAUUUCCUAUGACCAUGUCUCAAAUUCCUUCUGUGAAUAUUUAUGAUGAUCAUGAUAUCAUAGAUGGUUUUGGUUCGUACCACAACUCCACUAUGUCUCAAGAUUAUUUCAAAGCAGUUGGGAACAUCGCAUACAAAUAUUAUAUGUUGUUCCAACACCAUAUGUCACCUCAUGAGAAUGUUCACAAUUCAACUGACGCUGAGCCGUCCUGGAUUUUAUCUGAUACCCCAGGUCCUUACAUUAACCAGAAGAACCAUUCAAACUACGUUAGAUUAGGUAAGGAAAUUAGUUUGCUAGGAUUGGAUUGUAGAACAGAAAGAAAAUUGAAUGAAAUCAUUAAGCCUGGUACAUACAAGAAGAUAUUUAGCCGUUUAGAGACGGAAAUUAAGAAUGCUCCUGAGGUUAAGCAUCUUUUGGUCAUGUUAGGUGUGCCUAUUCUUUACCCUCGUUUAGUUUGGUUAGAAUGGAUAUUAAGUUCUCCUGUCUUAAAACCACUUAAGGCUUUAGCAGCAAAGGGUGUAAUUAACAAGGGUUUAGUGAAUGAGUUUGAUGGCGGGGUUGAAGUUUUGGAUGACUUGAACGAUCACUGGUGUUCUGCAAACCACAAGCGUGAAAGAAAUUAUUUGGUUAAAAAGUUGAUUGAUUUUGGUGCGGCAAAUGGUGUCAGAGUCACUAUAUUAUCGGGUGAUGUUCAUUUGUGUUGUAUUGGUAGAUUGAAAUCUAAGAUCCAUCACUAUCCAAAUUUCCAUGUUUUGACUGAUUACCCUGAAGAAGUCGAGAAAGAAAAUAUCGAUGUCCUUAAGCAUCCAGAAUUAGAUCCUAGAUUAAUUUUCAAUGUUACGUCUUCAGCUAUUAUCAAUGCUCCACCACCAGAUCCCAUGGCUAAAUUAUUAAAUAAGAGAUCAAAAAUUCAUCAUUUUAAUAAAAAUACUGAUGAAGAUGUUGUUCCUCUUUUCCUUCAACACCCAAACGGAAAGCCUAGAGAUAACCAUCUUUUCUUGAAUAAACGUAAUUGGGCUGAUUUAAUUCUCGCUAAACAAUCGAUCUACAAAGAAGAAGUGGACACGAGUAUUCGUAAAUUCCCUGCACCUUUAUCAGAUGGUAGUCAAGAAAAAUUAAAAUCCAAACAAGUCGAUUUUACUCAUAUUAAAUACCCUUUGAAUUCGGACUCGUUAGUGACAACAUUACAUGUUGAAGAUGAUCCAAACGAUUUCGAAUGUAAGACUGCAGGAUACGAAGUAUUAAUUCCAAGAUUAUCUGCUAAGUUCCAAUUAGAUAAGGUUAAUAUCAAACACUUAAGCUAA